UUUCACUUUCUAAUCUUCAAGCAACCAUUAUGAACUAUCUGCAUUACAUGAUUAUAUGCAGGAAUUGAACAUUCUGAGAUCGAUCACUUAAAAAAAAAUAAUCGAAUUCGACAUUAUUUUUGCAUUUUUGUAAGGAACUACAGCAAAUAUGAGGAGGAGAGAACGCGGUGCUACAAAUCAUUCCUUAACCGACUCCCAGAUAUUUCCCACAGUAGCAAGAUAUGCUAUCUAUCACAUUGUGACGUCAGAUGGUGGCCAGCUAACUGUUUCUAAGCUUAGAGACAUAAUGCUUGAGAAUCCACAGCUUACAAGUCUUAGUAUCGAUGAUUUAUUGCGUAUCCUCGGCAAACAUCCAGAAAUGUUUGACCUAGAAGAAACAGACAGAGAAAAAUCUCAGAGCAAUGUGGUGUUAGCUUUUGAGUUGCAGAUAUGCGACCAGCCCAAAAAAUGUGGUGGUUACCCAACAUGUAAAGACAUGCAUAUCUGUAAAUACUUCCUCCAAAACAAAUGCAGACAAGAACAACCAAAUAGAUGUCAGUUUGGACAUUAUCUGCACUCUGAGCAUAAUUUACCCAUUCUACGAGAAAAAUACAUGGAUAAUAUUGAUCCAAGAAAACUCAAGGAGUGGAUACAAAAACAUCACAACAGGCUAUUUUGGACAUCUCGUCCUCCUCAGGUCUGCACCUACUACAACACGGCAGGUGGAUGCAGCAAAAAUGACACCUGUCAGUUUCUUCAUCUCUGUAGCUACUAUAUCAAACGAAGCUGUAAAUUCGAUUCUAAAUGCUCCAGAAGUCAUGCAUUGAAAUCCGAACGGAAUAUAGAAAUUCUACGUGAACAUGGGAUUGACAUUGAAAGAGAUCAAGAUGAAAUCAUCGACAUCCUCAACGAGAGCGCGACAUAGAUGACACGCCAGAGAGACGAUGCAAUCUAAACUCAUUCAGUACUAUAAUUCGCAUUAUCAAGCUCACACUGACAAUAAUAUCAUUAAGUGACCUGGUGUUCACAUAACAUAAAAUAGAAAACAACUCUUUGUACGGCUUAAUUGUAACGUUUUGAAAAUAUCUGUCUAUAUAUUUUGAAGUAAACAUUUUUGUCAAAACGUAAAAUAUUUAUGGCCAAAAUCAAAAAUGAUUUGACGUCAAUGCUCAGUGAUUGACUUUUGCUCAACAAAAAUAUGACUUGACGAAGUCGUGGAAUCACGAAAAAUGAUAGACCGUCAUUCAUCUUUGUAUGCACAUCUUACAAUUUGGACAUAUAUUAUUCAUAAAAUAACGUUUAUAUUUUUAUAGAAUGUUUUGUUUUGAAUAUAAUUAUAUUUAAAACAUUUUAAUAUAUGUAACAUUUCAAAAUGUCAUUCUGCAUCUUUUCACCAUAAGCAUUUCUUUGUAACAAAUUAAAGUAUGCA